ACGAGAAAACACAAAGAUUCCCAAAUGAAUAACCGAAAGGAAGAUAUGGAGAUUGCCUCCCAUUACCGUCAUCUGCUUCGUGAGCUCAAUGAGCAGAGACAGCAUGGCAUCCUCUGUGAUGUUUGCAUUAUAGUGGAGGGGAAGAUCUUUAAGGCUCACAAAAAUGUUCUGCUCGGGAGCAGCCGCUACUUCAAGACUCUUUACUGCCAGGUGCAGAAGACAUCUGACCAGGCCACAGUCACUCAUUUAGACAUUGUAACUGCACAGGGCUUUAAAGCCAUCAUUGACUUCAUGUAUUCUGCACACUUAGCAUUGACGAGCAGAAAUGUCAUUGAGGUGAUGUCAGCUGCUAGCUAUCUUCAAAUGACUGAUAUUGUACAAGCGUGUCACAAUUUCAUAAAAGCAGCUCUUGACAUAAGUAUAAAGUCUGAUGCCUCAGAUGAUCUUGUUGAUUAUGAACUUGGGGCCGCUUCCAGCAGUAGUACAGAUGCUUUGAUUUCAGCAGUGGUGGCUGGUAGGAGUAUUUCUCCGUGGUUAGCUCGACGAACAAGUCCAGCGAACUCUUCUGGAGAUUCGGCCAUUGCUAGCUGUCAUGAAGGAGGGAGCAGUUAUGGAAAAGAGGAUCAGGAACCAAAAACAGAUAGCCACGAUGACGUUUCAUCCCAGUCUCUUUGGUCCGGUGACAUGGUCUAUGGGUCUUUGCGUAUCAAAGAGGAGCAAAUUUCACCAUCUCACUAUGGAGGGAAUGAAUUGCGUUCUGCCAAGGAUAGUGCAAUACAGAACGCUUUCUCGGAACAAGGAGCAGGGGAGGGCUGGCAACCCACUGGACGCAGAAAGAAUCGAAAAAAUAAAGAAACUGUGCGUCAUAUUACACAGCAAGUAGAGACUGACAGCCGGGCAAGCUCUCCAGUGCCAGCUUUUUUAUCUGCCUCAGGAUGGCCGUACAACAGUCGUGACUCAAGUGCUGAUGUGACAGAACCCAGCAAUUCAGAUAGCCGAGUGGAGAGAUCAGACCUUUACGCAAAUGUUGAUGAAGCACUCCUAGGAGGUGAUGCUAGCUACCUAUCUCAGCCUCUUACCCCGGAGAAGGAUGAUGCACUUCAGGCUGCGACAGUUGCUAACCUGCGUGCAGCCCUCAUGAGUAAGAACAGCUUGUUAUCUCUGAAAGCUGACAUGCUGGGAGAGGACAGUUCUCUGCUAUUCGAGUACUUACCCAAAGGCACACAUUCUUUAUCUCUAAACGAAUUCACAGUCAUCAGAAAAAAAUUCAAGUGCCCAUACUGCAGUUUCUCAGCCAUGCAUCAGUGUAUCCUGAAGAGACACAUGCGAUCCCAUACAGGAGAAAGACCCUAUCCUUGUGAAAUCUGUGGGAAAAAAUUCACACGCAGGGAGCACAUGAAACGGCACACCUUGGUCCACAGCAAAGAUAAAAAAUAUGUAUGCAAAGUGUGCAACAGAGUGUUCAUGUCUGCCGCCAGCGUGGGAAUUAAGCAUGGUUCCCGACGCCAUGGAGUUUGUGUUGAUUGCUCUGGUCGAGGCAUAACAGGUCACUUAGAUCAGAAUGGAGGAGAAGGAUCUCCAGAUGAAUUGUAUCCUGGUGAAGGCCAGUAUAUGGAGGAUCCAGAUGACAUGAAGGUGGAGGGAGAUGAAGAGAUGGGGGAUGAUGAUGAUAUAAAAUGGAAAGAUGAUGUAGGAAUUUCACAAGAUGAUGUGAUUCUAGAAGAUGACAAAGAAGAUGUCGACUCUCCACAGGAGCAAGAGAACUCUGGAGAGAAUGACAAGGAUUUUACUUGGAUUUCUUAGGGAAACGGGGAAGGUUUUGUUUGUAGGGGGAGGGAGGGAAGACAGAGUGUGCUGGGAAAAACUAAGUAGCCUUGUUGUCGUCCAUGUGUGCAAAAGAGUUGUUUGUGGGUUUUUUUUAAACAAACAAGUCCUUUAUCUGUACCAUUCAGAUACUGUAUUAGUAAGUGUCACUUUUAGUGGCGUCAGUUACAUCCCUUCCCCUUCUCCCCCAUGGAAAAAUAGGAUUGUCUGUCUUUGCCUCUCUGUGGGAGCAAAUCAGAUUGCAUGCAAGUGACUUAAAGUUUCUGAAGAUGUGAGCACUGUGACGGGGAGAGACUAGGAGACAGUGUAAAGCAUGUGUUCCUUUUAUAAACCUUCCCCACCCUGAAUUAAAUACCAGGGAGGUUUUGUGUCCCAAACCAUUUUUUUUUAAAGUUUUGUUUGUUCUAAAUUCACAGCAGCAGUGGACUUACUUACAGACUAGUAUCAUGUAAAUAAACUGACCUGUGUGUUUGAGGGCUUCUCCAUAUAACCCAAGCCUUUCACAAAGAAUUAAUUUAAAUAUUUAUUUUUUUUAAUUUUUUUUUUUUUUUUUUUUUUUUUUAAAUGGAGCCUGUUAGAUCAAACAGCAAUUCAGGCUGCAGCCUUAAGAGCCACUUUCAUAACAUGGGGUCUUAACUCCCAAAUAGUCCAUCAGGUUAAAGAUCAUGAAAUUACUUGGGCCCACUGGCAUCUUAACAGUAUCCAGUUUUCCAACCUUGUUUAGUUACGUUAUGUGAAAUGAGUGUUGGUGUUUCCAUAAGAUUUCUUUUGCUAUAAAAGACGCAUAUAGUUUAGUACCCAGUUGCUUGGUUUACAUGAAAGUUGUCACCUUUCUCCCUUAGGUGUCAACUAACUGCCUUUUUCAUAUUUACGUGUAAAUUUUAGUAAAUAUAAGUCAUUUAGCAAAAUGAAUUACAAAUUGUGAUAACUCAAGAAACUAGGGGAGAAAUCCUGGUUCUGAAGUCAAGAUUUCUCCCAAGUUAGAUUAUUAUUCAUCCUUGCCAAGCUAAAACAUUCCUACUUAAUUUGUAGGUGUAGUCCGGAUGUUUAAUUGACUAAGUAAAAUUUCCUUUGUUUCAGCCGGGUUGGUUCCAGGUAAGUAAACCUUCUCUUUUAGAGAACCAGAUUUCUCCACUAGAGCAUCUCCUCUUUCAGUAGCGUUUACAUGGGUGUGUUCCGAAUAGUUCAGUUCCUAUUGGCCAUUGCUGCCUUCCUAUGACAAUGUUUAAAUAAAAAACUCAGUGAAAGUGUCCUGUUCAGAAUAAAAGCUUCUGCUGUACCUUUCACCUGUAUGCUUUUGGUGCUUAAAAAAAAAAGCUGAAGACCUCACUGUUUUCUUGCUCUGGAGCAGACUUUUAUAUAACCUGUAUGAAUAUGGUGAUCUUGAAACCUGCCACAAAUAAGCAACCAGUUAAAUCUAGGAAGCCAAAUGAUUAAAAGGUGCUAUUUUCCCCCCAAUUGUGGGAAAGGCAAUUUCUUGUGGGAAAAGCAUAUAAGUCCUUGCAGUUUAAUUUUAAAAAAUGGAAAGCGUGGUUCUACCCAGGGAGUAAAAUCAAAGCAGAUUUUACUGUACAAAAUCCCAGUAAUCAAAUCUUUAGGUUAUUCGGUGCCAGGAAUCUCUUCCCAGUGAAGUGUGAUCAUGCAGGAACCUACUCACCUGGACCUUUAGGCGUUGCUCUAGUUGAAGGGUCAUAUCACCAUUGUGAUGUAUUUUAUUCCUUUCUCUGCAAUUGUCUUCAGUUUCUUGGGGGGGGGGGGAAAUCUCACCAAUUUUCCUAUGCAUGUUUUCCUCCUCCCCAAAUUUUGGGACUCCACUCACAGUGGUUUAUACUUUCACAUUGUGCAAAAGCACCAGAAUUCUUGCUGUUCAAGUUUGGUACUUGUCAGUAAUUUGGAAACAUGUUUUUCUAAGCCAAUCCAUGUUCUUAAAUCUACUGUUAGCUCGAAGCAAAGCUCUGUCAUCACUUGUCUACACUGCUGCUAAUAUUUAGGAUUGAGAAAGUUACCCGACAAAAAUGGACAACCCGAUUCUUUAAAUAUUCAAGGAAUAGUGGGGGAGGGUCAUAUAAAACCAUUUUUAUGAAACUGUAAAAAGCUGUUUUUGCAUUUUAGCGUGUUGUAAAGCCCUAUAACUAUGUUUAAAAAAAACCCCAAUAUUUUAAGAUUGGACCUUUAUAUCCCUUUUUCUAAGUGCAAAAGAAAUCAGCAGCUGUGUCCACUCUGUGUUGAUCAUAAAACCAGG